AGGGUAUCGCUUCGGUAGACUGCUCGGCUUAAAUAAGCCAUACAAACAAGCGUCAGCUAAGAACGCCUAGUUUCCGACGUGAAGUGCAUUUUGUAGGUAGAUUUCCUUACGAUUUCAGUUUGGCUGAACGCUCAGUGUCGUGAAUCAAAUCAAGAAUCAUCCGGGUCAAAUAGUUCACAAGCGUUAGAAAGCAAUGGCUAGACUAAACGAAGUGAAUGGUUUUGUGAGGAUUUCUGCUAGUAUAAGCCAUGUCCGACAUUUCGGAUACUGACGAAGUUGAGGAGAUCUCAUCAGCUGCUCAAGUUGUACAGAAAUUCCAAGAAUGGUGGAUAUCCGAACGAAACUGCCCCGUUCUGCUUCCCUAUCAAGGUGAUCUCGUGGAUUGCCUCCUUGACCAGCUCGAACACAUGCGUCAGGGCUUGGCUCAACUGAAAGCCAACGAUCUCCGCGCAAGUCUGCAUCGUCUAGAGGUUGAACGUAUUCAAUAUCUGAUCAACGAUUAUCUGCGAUGUCGAUUGCAGAAAAUACACAAGAUCCUUCCUCAGAAACCAGCCUCUGAUGUAGAGGAGCUUCUCUCAGAGCAAGAGCGAACAUUUGUUGAAGAAAUUAUUAAUGCCAGCCAGGCCUACUUUCACGAAGCCGGUCUCUCACAUAUGCCUGCUGGGAUGCAACAGUUCAGCUUACCACCAAAGGAGGAAGAAAAGGACCAUUAUGUGUUCUGCCGGGUUAAAAAAUCCGCCCAGGGUCUGAUGGUCGAUGCAGAUCUGCUAGUAGACUUUGAGGAAGGUAAGUCAACGCAAUCAGCCACCCAGUUAACCUCGACGGGGGCCGUGGGAAGCAAUAACGAAGAGGAAAUGCGCAAAAAGACCCGCCCGGUUCCUGUCGUCUUCUGGAAGACCGUUGACGUAAUGAAAUGGCUUAAGAGAUGCUGCGUUGAUCAUUAUCAACUUUAUGCUCACGUUUUUUUGGAGCAUGAUAUCACGGGGAGAAGUCUCGUACGGAUCAACGAUAUUUCCCUGGAAAAGAUGGGUAUUCGUGAUAAAAACCACAGAAGCGAGCUUCUUCGCGAAAUCCUCAAGCUGAAACUCAAGAGUGACAUCCUUGAAAUUAAGGAUUUGGAAAGAGAUGGAGCUGAAUUUUUCAAAACGUCCAGCUAAAUUUACUAUAUUUACAAUUUUGCUGUGAUUUUACACCUAAAUAACUGGAAGUCAUGCACUGAACAAAUGAGCUUACCGUGGUACGAUAGAGUCGCAUGAAAAUUGUAUCUGCAAAUGUGACGACUGGCAGUUGUUAACUAUCUCAAUGAAAUAUUUAGGAUCAUGAACUCUUCAACAGAUCGAUGUAGGUUGUGUAGUUCAAGUUGGCUUAAACUUUUCCAGAAAAUCGUUACAGAUAGAUGGAGUUAUACAGACACACAGAUAAUGAGAUAUUUGAUCAACGGUGAUGAGAAUAAUACAACAGGAACGCUAUAGAAGAUGAGCUAAGAAGAGUGCGUGUUUUGUAUGUAAUGCAUGAAUCACUUAGUUAGCCGGUUUAUGUGAAGCGGAAUCGUCUGAUAUAACGAGGUAGUAAAUCAAACUUCCGACGAACAAAAAGCGCACUUAAGCAGUACGGCCUUUAGUACUGUUAAAUAAAGAUCCGAGCUAAUUUGAAGCGAACCUGGAGACGGGAAUCGACAAUUAAUGAGCAGUAGUCUCGAAUGGAAUGAGUCCAACCGACAGGGCUGCGCCCCACACUUAACCCACGUAAAAUAGCCAUUAUGCUGUGGUGGUGCUAGUCGUGCAUAAAAUGUAUUGAAUUCUCUAUGAGAGAAAACUCAGCAGAAUAAAGACCGCAAGAUGACGAACUCUCUAAUCCAAAUCAUUUUCUGUAAUUAUCUGUGACUGGUCAUCGUUUACGGUUUCCGAUAUUAUUAUUGGCAAAGCAUUGCCUCAUGUAGUUCCGUCAUGAAGGAUAACAGUCCAACUCGUUGCAAGUAUAUAUACAUAUAUAUCUACCACAAUUGUACAUAACCCAAGUAUUAGAUUUUAUUUAGACGCGUAUCAUUGUUAUAUUGACGUUAUUGUUUGUAUUCAUGACGACGUAAAUCACGUUAAUUUUACCUCUAUGAAUGAAAGUUUGUGAAUUCUGUAUAAAACGGUGAUGGUAUGACUAAUUUUGAUGGUGCACAGGCGCUUAUUUUCGAUAAAUCCCCUUCUCAAUUAAGGACAUGAGCUGAAAAUUAACUUACUGCGAUUUAUUUAUGCAUUCAAAAUAAUUUUGACGUAAAUUUUACUGCUCCGAAAUGUUUUUAUUCUCUUCAUACACGUGUUCAGCUUUCUAGUUUUUGUAUUUGGGAUGGUUUUUGCACAGCCACGUAUCCAAUGCUGAGAUGCAUUUUGAUAAAUCUUAUUUAGCCUACAAUAUUAGCCCGCACCCAACUGAUAAGGCCAUCAUUGAAAAGAGCUAACUGUCCUAAGUGAAACAGAAACACGGAGUUCGUAUAGCUUUCAAGCGAGAGUCGGGUAUUCAUAAUAUUUUAUUAAGUUGAUGUGUCGUGAAAACUAAGUGCAUAUUUUCGGGAUUUAAUAGGAGAAAACAAAGAGAUUCGAUGAUAUACUUCUAAUAGAUGAACAAUCUGCUCAUGUUUUUGGAACCACUCGAUCUCAUACACUCGCUUAUUAUGAUCUUUUGUUUUAAUUUGCAUUCUGCAGUGGACAUUCAUAAUAAUUAGAGAAAGAAUCAUAUAAUUGUUACAGCAUUUCAUCGACACGAUAUAAAAUCAUGUCUGAAUAUCCACAUGGAAAAACUCUUGUACGAAACAACAAGUUUUGAAAGUUUAAACCUAUCGUUAAAGCUAACAGCUGAUCGAAAUUUUAUAUGCGGAAGCCGUAUUCGAAGGCAAAUAUGAAUUUUGACGCCAGCAGCGAUGCCACAAAUAUAACACUUGUAACAAAUUCAUAAUGCAUUUAGCGAACAGAACUGAGAAAUAAAGCACAAAUAUAUUUUAACUCAUACAAUACUGUUAUUUGUAUGAAGCCGCAAUGGGCUUGCCCGUAACUGUGCGGCAACCCAUAGCUCUCGAAACGGGCGACUAUGCAAAUUGUUUUGUGUUUUUGCCAAAUUUAAAAAAAUUGUUGUGGGUAAACUGUAACGAUUUGAAAAGCAAUUAGAUGCGUAUUAAUCAAAUAUAACAAAUGAUGGUAGUAGUGAUUGCAAAUGUGAAAAGUAAGCCCAGUUCGGUUAACAUCGACUUUUUUGCAUGAAAAAAAUAUAGAACUAAUUAGUCUUAUUUGAUUUAGAGCCGCUAAUGGACAUGAAAUACAUGUUUAAGAUGAUUUGUCUCGAUACAUUUCGCUUUUACAAAUCCUGCGGCAAUAACACCUAUUAAAGUUUUUUUUAAACAAAAAGCCCUACAAUUGUCUAUGUUAGCUUUUUAUUUAGCCAACUUCUGAAGUGCUUAUAUUGCGAAUUACCCCUGCAUAUCUUGCCGAAUUGCAGAGGGCCUUUAGUGGACGCGACAAAAAAAUAACACUAAAUAUCGAAUAAAAACCCACCAAGCUUUUUUUCAGGCACAGGUUUCACCUGUGCAAAAUAUUUCAGUAGACAAACACUUCCUAAUACUGAUCGACCCUCGCAGGUAUUGCUAGUUUUCCUGUUUGUUUUCAGGAUUUUGAUGUGCGAACCAGUAUCUCGAAAUGACGCACGCACUUCAUACCCACUGAUAUGAUCUAUUUAAAAAGUUUCACAUAAAAUUUAUAUGCAAUGAAUUAGAAUGAAAUUUAUUAUUAAAGAUAAUAAAAAAUUAGGCUCCUCCUGAUGAGCAGUUCGGAAGCAUAGAAUUGCUGGUAUUUACUGGAGAGUGCCCAACUGGCAAAUUACAAUAAAUGUAAGCAAUUUUUACUGUUGUGGCUCGUGUUAAUUUGUUAAUAAGCAAAAGCUUGAAUAGAAUAUUAAAGUUAAAUAUUAACAUAACAGGAAGUUUAUUGUUGCCCGUUUCUUAAUAUAAGUUACGGGCAUCUGUAAUCGAUCGACCGAGUUUAUUACAUAUCAGGUUGGAAAAAUAUUGGCAAACACACAACAUUCAGCGUUGGCAAAUACUACGGCAUAUUCUUACUAUGCUGUUUCCUAGCUCCAUCGAAGAGAAACCCAGAUAGGUUUAGCAGCAGCGACAGGCCAUGCAGCCACCAGCCGAGGGAAAGAAAUAUGGCUUGUAGUACUUCACACAAGUCUUGACCCUGAAAUGCAAGUCUGCCCUUCGCGACCUUCGCGGGAAAAGUAAAGUGGGCCCCAUUAUGUUGCGAACCACAUGGUGAUCAUCAUAAUAAUACUUUACAGUUCAGAUUCAGGGUGAUUUAACACACAAGAAGAAAAAGGCUAAGUUUACGGCGCGGUUUGAAAAAGAGGUAAAUAUGCUUAAUAUAACUGUUCAACCCCAACGAAUGACAAAUUUAUAGAUGUUAAAGGGAAUGCACUGUUCGAGCCAUCGUCCGACAGAGGUGAACAGGCGUACAGUUAUUAACGUAUUUAGUUUCAUAAAUCGUUACCCACCAUAAUUAACUCUGAGUUCGCGUAUAUUCUAAAAUACAUUGGCAAUAGAAUAUCAUUCACUCACGUCUAGUAUUCCAUCUUAUGUGUUUUUGUUGCUAGAUUAUUAGUUUCCUGCACGGAGUCACAAUAUUAACAGGUUACUUCACCAAAACAGCAGAGUUAUUUUUUUUCGAAAUAAUGCUCCCUCGAUGACAAAAUUGUCGUAUUAGCUGUAUCUAACCAUUCGCAAUCUUUUUGAUAAGGCGAAUCUCUAAACUCAAACUAAAGGCACCAACUUAAAGGCUGUUAUACUUUAAAAAUCUUACACUGCUUUAAACAGGAAGAACUAUGAUUUCAUUCGAAAAAAGUAAGUAGGUUUACUGCUCACAGUUUCUAGCUGACGGCAAACUCUCAAAACUCUGAAAAAAAAUUUCUUGAAAGAAACAACGUAAAAGUCGAAAAACCAUGUUGUUAUAUAUAAUGGUAUUUAUCGCGGCUGACAUAUCUUUUUUCGACUCUGUCUUAGUUUCUCCUUACAGUAGGGAUACAGAUCCGCGUAUAAACAGAGGGAUUCAUUUGGAGGUUGCGUGACUACACGGUGAAGUGGAUGUGCGUCACAGUUUCCGUAGCAAUGAAGUUCAAACGUAUUUCUGAGAGAGAAUAAGUCGCGAGGCGCUCCAAGUUGGUGUGUAGAGAUGAAAUACGACAUACAAAGAAGUAGAGGAUGCCCGAACUGCAACGUAUGGAACAAAUCGAAGUAAAUUGAGUCCUUAAUAUAUCUUCGGAUAACCCCUAACUGCUUGGCUUCAAGAUGGUUAAGGGGGACAGGAAAACUUGGAAGGCUAACUAUUUCCUGAAGUUAGUCCAGCUUAUAGAUGAAUACCCAAAAUGCUUCAUCGUCGGAGUUGACAAUGUCGG